AUGACUGAAUCUACCAAAUUCCACCCGGCUCUUGCUGUUUCUAAUAUCAAGAACCAUAUCUCCAUCACUCUUGAGAUCGAAAACGUCCAAUAUGCGACAUGGGCAGAACUGUUCAAGAUUCAUGCCCGAUCUCACAAGGUCCUCCACCACAUCAUCCCGCCGGCGACAGGCAAAUCGAAGGACCCUAAAACAGAUGAUGAAAAGGAAUUGUGGUCAACCCUUGAUGCUGCGGUCCUCCAAUGGAUCUAUUCAACAAUUUCGCACAAUCUGCUGCAUACUAUCAUUGAAACAGACGCCACCGCGAUGGAGGCGUGGAAUAGGUUGCGUGAUAUAUUCGAAGACAACAAAAAUUCUAGGGCUGUAACACUUGAGCAGGAACUCUCCUCUACCAACAUGGAAGAUUUCCCAAACGUUUCUGCCUACUGUCAACGACUCAAGGAGUUGUCAGAUCAACUCAAAAAUGUUGGUGCACCGGUCUCAAACAACCGUCUUGUCCUUCAAAUUGUGGCUGGCCUCUCUGAAGCGUACAAUGGAGUAGCCACACUCAUCCGCCAAAGUGAUCCUCUUCCACAAUUCUAUCAAGCUCGCUCAAUGCUCACUCUAGAAGAAGUCGGUCUCAUGAAGAAGGUUGCAACCAGCGGGGGUGCAGCCAUGAUGAAUCGUCAAAAUAGUGGCAAGAACAAUGGUGGCCGCGGAAGUGGCAAGAACAGCCGCGGUGGUGGUCGUGGUGGCAACCGCAACGGUGGCGGGCAGCAGCAAUACGGUCAACAGCGACCGGGGCAGCAACAGUGGUCUGCUGGGCAGUGGUAG